AUGUCCCCAUCCGAGCUCGAUUACAUCGCAGAGCAGCUCAAAUCCUUCCUCGCACGUAUGGAAACCAUCACUUCCCCUACGAACACGAUGGGAUCAGUCACCGGUGGUCCCUACCGCAACAGGCAGUGUACCGGUGCUUGGACGGAAUCUGUCCUCUCCCAGUUACCCAAGGAAGCUACUAUUCGAUUCGCGCAUCCCGACCUUGUCCCUAAGAACAUCAUCGUGGAAGGGUCAACGAUUACUGGUAUAGUAGAUUGGGCCCUGUCAGGUUUCUUUCCGGACUUUUGGGAGUACGGUCGUAUGCACGACCCGGUGGAGAUGACGCGUGGAUGGGAUUACGUGCUUCAAAGGGUUUUUCCCGGUCCUCGACGGCAAGCGGAGAUCAACUCUGUUAGACAAUUGCUUCGCAUUUUGUUCACUGUGUUUUGA